GCUUAUUUAACAAACUCUAUGGUUGGGGAGUUACGACCCGCACAGCACAGCGGGAGCCUGCCGCAUCGUGCCAGUCGACUAGCCUACCAUAGUCUGGUCGCACUGGCUGCCUCUUGAGCCGCGCAUAGCCAAGAAUAACCCAAACCCCAAACAACCUACCUUGGGGGCUACUCAGGCUCUCAAAGCGUCGUGCAAGACCUCAUCAGAGAGAUGGACCUCAACAGUGCCGCCUCACCUGGCGGCAGCUCGCGUCCAAAGCUGCUGCUCCCGCCCAGCUGCAACCCUCCACUCCCCAAUGCUCCCGUCAACAAGCUCGUCUGGGUUGUCUUUGGCGGCACCGGCCACAUGGGCCGGUCGCUCGUCAAGUGCGCCCUCUCGCGCGGCGACAUGGUUACCAAUGUCGGCCGCACCUUUGAGACUACACCAGAGCAGAUGGUGGCUGCCGCCGCCAGCCAGCACCCCAAGAAUUGUUUUGGGGCCCUCUGCGAUGUGCGCGCGCGGGACAGCGUAGAGCGGGUUGUCGAGAGGACGCUCGAGCGCUUUGGUCGUAUCGACGUCGUCGUCAAUUGCGCGGGGUACGGCGUCAUUGGCGCCUGUGAGGACCAGGACGAGCACGAGAUCCGGAACCAGUACGAGAUCAACUUCAUGGGCACACUCAACAUCAUCCACGCCACGCUGCCGUACUUUCGACAGCAGUCUGCCGGGCGCUAUCUCAUCUUCAGCUCGACGAGCGGCGCUCUGGGCGUCCCCGGGCUAGGUCCCUACUGUGCGACCAAGUAUGCCGUGGAAGGACUCAUCGAGGCCAUGCUGUACGAGGUCGACAGCUUCAACGUCAAGGCGACGCUCGUCGAACCGGGGCUUGUCCGCCGCGACGAGCCUGACUCCCUCGACAAUCCACUGCCGACCUGGGGCCAUUUCCUCAUCAAGCCCGCGAGCGAGCCUUACUCUCACUCGACUUCUCCGGCUCUGCACGCAAAGCGCAUGGUCCAGUGGCUGGGCGACAGGCAGCCUACAAGCGCCGUCAAGUGCGCAGAGCUGGUCUGGCAGCUCGGUCACUGCUCCUACCCACCUCUGCGGCUUGUGCUCGGCAGCUACGCCAUAGAUAGCAUCAGGGACCGGCUAAGGUCUGUCACCGAGGAGCUCGAGGACUGGAAACACCUCAAUUUCCCAGUUGGUACUGGCGACGAGACCGCCACUAGCAGUCGGUCCAAUCAGCACAACAAGGAUGAUGAGAACAUGGCUGAUGUGCGAGGAUCUCCAUGACGCACAGCCAGGCAGGAUGUUGGCAGCCAAAGCUCAGGGCGCAAAAAUUCCACUCAGCGUGCUGUUCGAGUGGUUCACGCAGACUAGGGCAUUUGCAACGCGUCUCUACUCUCAGGCAAUACUAGGGCGGAAGCUGAUGCCGAACAAAGGGCUGCCGGUAUCUCUACCUUACUUAAUCAGGGGAGUGGCCGUGACUGCGCGCAAAGGGCGGCGUAGGGUAACAGCCGGUCGCCACCUAAGCCCUGCUGUUCGCUAGCCCAGUGUAGUCUCUCUGCCACAGAGCGAUCGAUGGCAGCUUUCACUGUUAUUUUGCGGCACUAGGGGUCUUGCUUCAUAAGGCGGGACAGCGACACAUCGCCACAAACUCAAAGGUCUUUCUAGACACAAUUCUGUACAGCAUAAUCCGC